AUGGCCACCCCGGCGUUGCUUACUGCUGUUGACUCGAUCAACCACGUCCAUCUGAUUGUUGGAUCCAACCCUUUGGCCGGUGCACGUUGCAACCGAGCACUUGAAGUCGGUGCAGUGCCCAAGAUCAUCGCACCCGAAGACGCCCAAAUUCACUAUGGACUGGCAAAGAAGAUUGAAGAGGGCAAGGUCGAAUGGAUCAAGAGAGAGUUUCAAGACUCGGACUUGACAAGCCUGGGCCGAGAGGAAGUGGACAAUGUCGUGGAUGCCGUCUUUGUGACAACGGCGGGCAAAGGUUCUCUGAGUGAGUCCCCCUCUUUCAUCUCGAAAGCAGGACUAACAAGUAUAUCAGGCACACACAUCUCUACACUCUGCCGCAGACUACGAAUUCCUGUCAACGUCGCCGACGCUCCGAACCUUUGUACCUUCACACUCCUGUCCACACACUCUUCAGGCCCCCUACAGAUUGGUGUCACAACAUCCGGCAAAGGCUGUAAAUUGGCCUCUCGUAUCCGACGUGAGAUUGCCGCUGCUCUACCCUCCGACCUCGGUACCGCUGUAGAAAGACUCGGUACGAUACGCCGUCGCAUCUGGGAGGAGGACCACGCCACCGAAUUGUCCAUGGACCUGGAAGCCGAAGAGGAGGAUGCUGGACAGAACGCUCAGUUCAACAAGCUCAUUACACCUUCCGACCUCGAAGCUGCUAGGAACAGGCGCAUGCGCUGGCUCUCACAGAUCUGCGAAUACUGGCCCCUCCGCCGCCUGGCUGCCAUUACCGAUGCUGAUGUUGAUGCUGUGCUGGCUUCGUAUAGCCAGGAAGCUGCUAUUGAGGCUAGCACUCCUCUCCUCAGCCCUGGUACUCUCGACUCGAGAAGCCGCAGAGGCCGCAUCAUCUUGGCUGGAUCUGGUCCUGGUCAUCCGGAUUUGUUGACUGGUUUGACACUCAAGGCUAUCCGUGGUGCCGACGUAAUUCUCGCCGACAAGCUGGUCCCAGCUCCCGUCCUCGAUUUGAUUCCCAGACGCACGCCUGUCCAUAUUGCAAGAAAGUUCCCUGGAAACGCAGAAGCUGCUCAAGAAGAGUUGCUCUCCCUCGGCCUCGCAGCAGCAAAGAAGGGCCAGACAGUUCUCCGCUUGAAGCAGGGAGACCCUUACCUGUACGGCCGUGGUGCUGAGGAGUACGACUUCUUCCGCCGCGAAGGCUACGAGGUUAGUGUAUUGCCCGGCAUCACCUCUGCUCUCAGUGCUCCCCUAUUCGCAAAGAUCCCCGUUACCCACCGUGCCGUGAGUGAUCAAGUCUUGAUCUGCACUGGUACCGGUCGCAAGGGAGCUGCUCCCGACCCACCUGUCUACCUAGCAAAUCAGACUUGCGUCUUCCUCAUGUCUCUGCACAGACUCAGUGCUCUCAUCGAUAGCCUUGUUGCCGAGGGCAAAAACUACCCAAAGACUACACCUUGCGCAGUCAUCGAGCGAGCAAGCUGUACCGACCAAAGGGUCAUCCGCAGCACGCUCGAAUACGUCUGUGCCGCAGUCGAAGAAGAGGGCUCAAGACCGCCCGGCCUUCUCGUUGUUGGCCUUGCGUGUGAAGUUUUGGAGAAGAAUCACCAGAAGUGGGUUGUCGAAGAGGGUUUCAACGGCUUUGACAACCUGGGUGAAGGUAGUCUCGAUGAGCUGAGUGCUGAGCUCCGUGGAGCGAUUGAAGCUUGA